CUGCUGCUGUUGCUGCCGCCUCCUCCUUCCUCUGCCUCCCAUCUGCAUCUGCUGCAGAGCUUAGCCAACACGCAUCUAUACUCUUUCGCUUGUUUUUCCUGCACCUUCCUGUUUCUGCCUACCGGAAUAUUUCUCUUCUCUCUUUUUUCUUCUUCUUUUUUAUCUUCUUUUUUUCCUUUGGCUGAUGAGUGAGUCAGCGCACACCUACAUCCGCGGAGUUUAGAGGGAGGCAUAAGGCAGUCACUUUGGAGUACUGAGGACGGUGAUGAACCGGAGGAGAGCGCCUGAUGGGACAGAAGCCCUGGAACCCACAUCACCCACCGCGGACUGAGCUAGCCUCCCCUCCCUCCCUCCGUCUCUCCCCAGUCUGCAGCCUCCAAGAACAGCCGCCGCAUCAUUUUUUUCAGAGCAGCAGCCCCCUCCCUCUCUCUUACCCCAACCUCGCUUCUCUCCGUCUCCUCUUCUGCUGCCUGCACCACUGUGGGAAUGCAGUGAAGGUAAACGAAUUGUGGGGGGCUUAUUUUUUUCCCUCCCCUCCGCCAGUAAUACAGGAUCUGCCAUCAGAGUAACUAACCGCAGAGAGACAGCUCUGGUGACACCGCUGUCAUUACGGGAAAUCAGAGUGGGGUGGUCAGCGCAGGGAUUGGACCUGGAUCAGUUGGAUUUAGCCCGCUUCCCAGGGUACCGCCAACAACAACAUCACUCAAAUCUCAUUGGCAGAUCACAUCAGAUCCCGUCUGCCCUGCCUCGUUUCAGUUUUGUGGCUUUCCCCGGCGUGGAUUACCGCCAGCUGAGGGUGACCAAACGGGUGGCCGUUUCUGAGGGUUUUAGAGGCAAACUUGAAGCAGCCUGCAGAGACAAGUGGAAAAAAGCAAUCCCGUUAUAUGUGUAUGAGGUCAAAUGAACUCAUAUGAAACCUAAGAGACUACAUCGGCAGAGGAACAAUCUUUGGUUUGUAUUUUAAGGACCUCAUGCGGCCGAUAAUCAGCCCACUGAUAGUGGAGCAGGGUGCUGUCGUUGCCUGGGCUGAUGGUCUAAGCACGCUCACACGCACAUGGAUUUACAGCUCCAGUCUGAAGCUCAUCACGUAACGGAUCGAUACCCUCCUCCGUUCUUUUUGCGACGCUUUUUUUAAAACACAGGAGUGAAGCACCCUGGGAUUUAUCAUCGCUUCGUUAGCGCCAAACUACAGUGAGGCGCCCCUGAAAGCCCCCUCCAACCCGCCUAACUCACCUGCUCAUAACCUGUGGGCUCCUGUGGAAGUGUGAAUGUUCUCGUGUACUUGUGUGUGUGCGCGCAGAUGAGUGUGUGUGAGUGCGUUUGGUUUGUUGUCCGCCAGAGGGAGUGUAGGUUAUGUUGCUUGAGAAUGCAUUUGAGUGCUGUGCCAGCUUUUAAUUAGUACGUGACUGUGAGUGUAUUGUGUCUGCUCUGCUUGUGGGUGCUUGUGAGUUCAUGUUAUACACUUGUGCAUGUAGGUAUAUAGGCAAGGCAUUGUGAGUCUGUUUAUUUAAGAUGCACAGCUUUUCUUCUGCACCCCAUCUCCUUCCUCGCAUAUGUCCCUGUAUCAGCUGGCCACCUGUUUGACCUCCCAAGCCCCCUAAGAGACAGAAAUCUCCUGCAGGAUGAGUGAGCGCUCUGGUGCAAGCACUCUAGCGGCCAUGACUCUGGAAGAGCCAGGGGAUGAACAAGCAUCUCCUCGAGCCCCAGGCCCUCUUCGCUGUGGCCCCUGUGCUGUGUGGCCUCGCCAGCAGACUUGGCUUUGUGCUGUGCCCCUGGUCAUGGGCUUUGUGGGACUGGGACUCAGCCUCAUGCUGCUGAAAUGGAUUGUAGUGGGCUCUGUCCAAGACUAUGUCCCCACUGAUCUGGUGGACCCUAAAGGUAGCAUCGGGCAAGACCCUAUAUUUCUCUCAAAACCCAGUGCCAUGCCCAAGGGGCCUGACAUUUCCACCGCCACCACAACUUUAGCUGCAUCUACAGCAAUGGUGUCGACUACUACACCACUAGCCGCGGAUGGUACCGCCCCAGCGCCAAGAACUCGAUCAGGGCCGCCAGCAAACCACUCAGCAAAUGGCAGCACUGCGAGUGGAGAUGGCAAUCGUGCCCCACAUUUGCAUAACCGUGUUGGCACCCGCAUUAGUGGGACUGUGGUCACCACCUCUGCUACUCGUGCCACCCGACUAACCCCACCACCCAGUGGGAAGGAGGUCACCCCUCGCAGUACUGUCAGAAAAGGAAGCAGCGCUGGUAAUGGACGUAAUGGAGCUGCCAACUCAAAGCCAGGACAGACUUCUCCCACUGUCACCACCACAGCAUCCACUACAACUACAGUAAUUGUGAAGAGCACCUUUAAGGUACAGCAGACCACCUCCCAGCCAGCAGCUCCAAUGAAGCCGACGUCACGCUGGAAUCAUGGGCGCCCAGGAAAGGGCCCAUCCACACGCCCACACCACCGCUUCAGAACACCUCUGGCCCCAACACUUCCUAGUCUACGCUCUGAGGUCUUCAAGCCAUGCGUGGAGGACAAAGAUCUAGCCUUUUGCCUGAAUGAAGGAGAGUGCUCAAUCAUCGAAACUGUGGCUGGUGUUCACAGACACUGCAGGUGUAAGGAAGGCUACCAUGGUCUACGCUGUGACCAGUUUGUGCCCAAGACAGACGCUAUCUUGUCCGAUCCAACGGAUGAACUUGGGAUCGAGUUCAUGGAGAGUGGUGACACCUACCAGAGGCAGGUGCUGUCCAUCUUCAGCAUUGCCUCGGGGAUCUGUCUCCUUGGAGUGGCAUGCAUGGCUCUCUACCGCCACAACAAGAGACAUCGGGAGAAACUCCAAGCUCAUUUUUCCGAUAGUCGCAGCAUUAGAGACUGCAGCAUCAACGCCUCCGGCCUCAUGUCCAAAUCCACUCCCAGGCUUCAGUACAGCCUUCAUCUCCAAAAGGGAUGCAGCCCUCAUGGAUCAUCUCUUAAAGGCGGGAGUGUGACACCGAGCACAUCAACCGUAGCUCCACCUAUUCUCAGCAAAGCUCUGUCUAAAGGGAAACGCUUCAGGAGCAGCUCCCUCUCACUCAGUCCAGCUCAACAGCGGAGAGAGGUCAACCACUUCAGGACCCCGCCCAUUUCCAGAGGGAAACAUAAAAUAUCCACAAAUCUCAUCGAUGGGUCAAGAGUGACCGGCCACGUUUACAAACACUUGCAAGAGGAUGAGCCAACAGACAUGGAGUCCAUAAAAAGGUGUGAUUCUGCCACCGGAAAAGUCGGAUCCCUCAUCAGCAGAAAUUCUCUUUCUCACUUUACUGCCAGAAAAGGAUGGACUGAAGUCCCUUGCACUCGCCUAGAUAAGGGAACAACUUUCCUUCCACCUUCCCUGCGCACUCACUCCGUACCCAUCAUCCCAUCACUACAAGCAUGUAACCCUGAGGUGGAGCAUGUAAACACAAGUGAUCAAAACCAAACAGGGCUUCUCAAGUGGCACCCUGCACUGGAUAGGAAGAUGGUGAAUCCCAUUACCAAUCCUCCUUCUCAGCCUGAGACUGUUGCAUUGGCAACUGGCAUUUCAGCAAGUAGUGUUAGCCCCCCCGCUGCCAUUUGUGCUCCAAAAGGAUCCGAGAAGAACCUGUGCUGUACUCAAGCACCCUGCUCUGUUGAAUUUACAGCAGAAAUAGCACAGGAUUUGAAGCAGAAACGCCUUUCCAACUCCAAGAAAAUAUCUGGAUCUCACUGUGAGAUCCAUCACGGUGGCACAUACACUCUUGAGGAUGGGACUGUGCAGGAGUCAGAGAAAAAAAAUGUUACAUUCUCAGCCAGAGUUCUGCACACAGGCAGCGGGACCAGAGGUCUGAAGGCAGCUGGCCAAAGAGAAGUCAAGGGAUAUUGCCAAGGUCAGACAUCUCUCCCACAUGGAGGUGGAAACUGCUUGCUGGCCACCAAAGGACCCAGCUGCAGAGGUUCUGGAAACACUUAUGUAAAGCCCUCUGCAAGCUGAUUGGAUUAACUCUGUACAGCUUCAAAGACACUGUUUCAAAUAACUGUAUACCUUUGCUGGUGGCUCAGGAUGGUUAGCAGGUGGGACCAUCUGUGUGGCCACAUGGACCAAUAAUAGAUGGCCAUCGAUUUUAAAGAAAUGUGGACAGAUUGAGCUGCUCAAGAAAAAAAAAUAAUAAAAACUUGACACAAAAGACAUUAACUCACAGAAAAAGAGACAAACAAACACACAUUGUGAAUAAAUGUGACUCAAUAAGGAAAAUAACAGCGUGACUUGAGUGGGAGCUUGACUUAAACAGUGUAUUGAAAAAUGCCACUAUUUAAAAUGAGCUUCUACCUAGAAACCAAAAUAGUGUGUCAUCUCUGUGUUGUUUCUCUAUUGUAAAGAAAUGAAAUUAUAUAUGUCAUAUUAUAUAUGUCAGAUAGACGUAUAUAUAUU